AUGGACUCGGAAUACAGUCAGGCGCGUUACAUGCAGCAAAUGAUGCUGGACUCCGACGCGAUGGCGAAUUACAGCAUGGCCAUGCUGGCUGCUCAAGGAAUGAGCUUCGUUCCGACGAACAUAGCGAGAGCAGGUCAACCACCGCAAUCCAAAUACGCUCAACUCCUGCAAGUGAUCGAAGAAAUUAGCAAAGACAUUCGCCCUUCGUAUGCUGGCAGCAAGAAUGCGGCGGAAAGGCUCAAGCGAGGCAUUACGAAUGCCCGCAUUCUCGUUCGUGAAUGUUUGAUUGAAACUGAACGCAGCGCCAGGCAGUGA